AUGCGAUCGCGUAAACAUUGCAUCCCCCAUUAUUAAGUUUGGUCUUUAGCAUCGCUUAAGAGUCUGAAAAGGCCGACCGCAGCCAAUGGGGUUGUCCAGACUCCACCAAGUUUGUUACAUGACGAUUUCACUUUAAUCUCAGUUUUAGAAUAUCGUUCGCGGUCUGUGUCUCAGAAUCUUCGUUCUCGGAGUUCUCUUGUUGGCAAUGGCGAGGAAUUAUCUACGCCAUCAAACUUAACAAACAACCACACAGACUUUGUGGGCGAUUUUAAAGUCCCUGAAAGCCCGAGUAAUUAUUCCACCUGUCUUAUUUUUUCAGUCAGAUAAACCCUAAGUUCUCCGAAGACAUAUAAAAGCAGCGAGAAAGGCACGGACUAACAAUCGACAGACUACUUGAUGCCUUUUUGUUAUUUUAUGCGUUCAUUUAUCACUGGCCAGUUAUGUUCACGCUGACUGCUCGUUUCUCGAAUGCUAAAGUAUUAGUCGAUUCUGACUAGUAUUUAAUUUUGGAGACUAAGUAAGAUGUUGACAGAAGAGGGGAAAGCAUAAUACUUCUUCAGAUUGUUUGAUACCAUCUUGCGAAAGUGCUUCUUUCAAUAAGUCUAGGGCCGUUCUGUCAAAACUCUUUAUUCACGCCUUUGCUCCCCGCUCCCCGGCAGCACUGUCACUGUCGUUCCGCGCCUGUUUAUUCGCCAGACGGCACAUUUCGCACCUAAUCACUGGAUCAUAUUCCACUGUCUGCCAUUUGUGGAUACGCUGGAUGGGCAGCAGCUUGGGCGAAGUGAAAUCCAUCUUCCCGCCUCGUCAGCACCAUAUGACAUUUACUCUUUGUUUCCUCGACUGUUUGCUUAUUUAGUUCUUUCGUGCCACAGUGCGUCCGAUCAGUUACAGACUUACGGGUCCAUGCGAUUUUUUCCCGUUGUUUGCUCGGUCGUAUUAUACGCCUGCCUCUGUAAUAUCCAAUCUACUAGUCUUCCGACGUGUUCAUCCGGUAUACGACUGUGAGGUGGGCUUCACUCAGUUAUUCGACGCAUAAAUGUUUUUUCUAAGUACCCAAUUUUCCAAAAUUGGUAGUCAACUGGGCUAAUAAAUAGACGCCCUAACUUCAACCAUCAGGACGAUGUAUCCAAAGCCACCAGCUAACGUUAGCUACGCCUGUUCGUGCCGACCACGCAGUCUGGUUAACUUGUGCUAUGAUCUAAUCUGACCCACGUUUUGAUCCAGCGCAUCCGCAAUGUGGCUCGUCAUUUGGGGUCAUAAUUACCGCCGUACAUGGGGGAGGUGGUGACAUGCCUGGGCUUAUGUAUUCACAUCGUGUCAGCCACUGCGCUCAAUCCCCUCAUCAGAUGGCCGACUGGUUUGGAUGGUCGAGGGGUGCAUACGAGAGGGAAGAGAGUGAGGCCGACACUGAGGAAUCCAAUCCUACGGCACAUCAGUGCAUCCCUUGCUAUAAUCAAUUUAAUGCGUUUGUAUUUACCACAAGUCAGUAAAAGUUGUGGCUUCGAAUGCUACCAACUGAUUGGAUAACUCUGUCCUUUGCAGAACUAAAAGUUAGAUUGCAAUGGCUUCGUCAUAGUGUGGCCUUUAUGACACUUAUCCAUGCGAGAUUAGAGUCGCCCGCGUGGAGGCCUGGUAACUACUAUGGGACCAGGUCGUGCGUUUAAUGCGUAGAAGCGCUAUUUUGCUUUGCCGACCAUUUUGCCUGGGCCCAUCUCGGUUAUCUUGACAUUGUCUCGCCCUUGGAACUAGGUGCUCGAGGGGGAGUGUGGUAGAUGCAUUGUAAGCCUAAUAACAUUGUAUAAUAACUCACGCUCAAGUCACCGUCCCUGCGUUUACUCGCGGUGGACAUCGUCGGUAACGAUGACAGAACUUCAUCUGAAACACUCAGAAGACCGAGGCUUUUCACUUAAACCCUGCGGAUUGUCCUGUCUCUCGUUCACGCUGGAUUGCGUUUCGGUCCACCGUUCAUACCGUUUGUGCGUUGUCAUCCGCCUUCUGCCCAACCGACUAGGCAGCUGUUGCCGCUGAACGAGACACUGACGCAGACUGAGUACAUGGGUUUGAUGGAGCAAGCUUUAUAACUGAGUCGUUGCCCGUUUAACCACAGUAAACAACUCGGUUAAUAUGGAGCUGUUUGUCAAGGUGGCUUACCAGUACGCGCGCAGUUGCUCACAUGAGCGCCUGGCUCAGGUACCUAGCUCAUGUGCCGAACACACCCUCCAAGUCUGGUAAGGAUGUGUUUUCAUACCUGCGGCGAGUUGGAAAAUUCCGUAGCGUCCAUCCCUUUUGCGAACCCAUCACACAGACUUUUUGAGUCUCUUAAAUACUCUAAACUUAGGUCACGUAGUAAUGUUUUUGGUCACACCUAUCCCAUAGGCCUAUAGCUCGCUAGCACUCGCAUGGCCUGUGUGCUUGCAGGGACUCCCACGGAGCUGACCUGUGCGAAUGAGUUGAAGGAAAAGAUCGGCGCCUAUGUCACUAACCCCGGUCAAUGUCACGUUUAGACGAGAUCGGUUAUGUAUUUGGAGCGGAAUAUUGCUAUUUUCAGUUACUUUUUGCUCGCAGAGGGCGCACUGAUUUUGACGGAUAUCUUAUUAGACUUUCUAUUCCAGCUACCCGACUAUCGAAAUUGCGCAUCUCUUUGCGAUCCAGUGCAAAUAAAACAAGAGACACAAGCAGUUUGGGUAAGUCUCCUACCAAAGUGGAAUUUCUUAUUGCUGCAUUUAUUGCCUUCACCAUACAGGCCAGCAUGACCAAGGAUGUGCUCCAAACAUCUCUAAUUAUGCAUUAGCCUAACCGUCGCCUGGAGCCGCUUUGUUCUUUUUUGCUCCAUUCCUUAUUGGACAUGUCUAUUCUGCUCUGACAGUUAGGGGCUUAGCCAGUUCAGAGAUAUUCUGUCCUUUAUUUGCUCCUACAAGCUCUAAAAAUGAUAACUUUAAGCUCACAUACAGGUUGCUCUACUCCUUCCAAGCCGCUGUUUAAUGCUUUUUAAUAUGAGGAAUUUCCGGAGAUGUUUACAUAUGGCUUACAUUCACCUUUUAUCCUUACUGACUUCUCAUCUCCAAAAUCGCCUCAGAGGGUAACCGGGUACCGGUAAACGAAAUUAAGCAAAAGGACGAACGUUUGCGUUCACCUCUAAAUGCCCCAUCUCCACGAACACCACGGCGGGCAUGCAAGGACGACGCUAUGUCCAAGAUCCUAUUAUGCUUUGAGAAGCUUUCCACCGAAUGCGAGGGCCCGACUGUUAGUCGACGCUACACUGUUCAGAGAACUCCUCAAAAACAAGCAACAACCCCACGUGAGUUUCAGUAUUUAAAGUUUUUGUCCUAACCCUCCAACACAAUCAGGCAAUCUGGGCUUCUCUGUUUCAGCCUACCGGUCUGAUGUUCAUCAGUUUGUCAGUUUCACCUGCCUCCCUGUUCCUCGCCACUAAGUAUAUUAGUAUUUGCCAAGUACGGCGUCAUCGUUCGACGAAAGUUCAGCUACUCAAUGUUUGCAUAUGGUCUCUGUCAGGAGGGGAGUAACCGCAAGAAUGCAGAUCUAUCCCGCCAACCUUGCUGCUGACUACGCGGGGCUGUAGAGCAGCCUUCAGCGAAGGUUGUCUGCGAAAUAGAUAGGCUUUCAGGUUUGAGAAAUAAACAGCUGUGGACCAGCGCUGCUGUCCUGAGCCACUCAGCAAAAGCAAAGACCUCGUUUCGAUAUCCGAGGGGGCUGACUGUGAGAUUGUGGCUGCACUUGGUAUAUUAGACCUGGUAGAUACUAGACUCUCGCCGGAUGUGUGACGCAGACAUCGGUACCGUGAGUAGUCCUGAUCACCCUCAUAUGAGGACUCCGCUGUGCCUCAAAUUAGCUGUUGUCCAAAACCCACCAUCCGGGUGAAAUUACUGCGCAGAUCGUUUUAAAGGUCCCGCUAUUGUCAUAGGCUUCCGUGGAACUGUCUUCCACCCAUCCUACUGCACUGACGCAGGCGCCUUCAAUUAAAACCGGGUCCGAACUAAAGAAAACUCAAAAGUACCUAUCAGAAGGCACUUAUACCAUGACAUGUGUCACCACAAAGAUUAAAUUCCUGACUAACCGACCUCAUUUGUUGACAGAAGAAGGGCCACUCCUCUUCGUGACGAUCAGGACUUGAGGAACUUGCACCGUCGGACCCUGCCCAGUAUGACUAAAACAAACUCUGACCAAAUCUAUCCAACCACAUUAAAGACUGGGGUUCUUCAGCAUGGGUUGACAGGCCAUUUGACAUGAGGCCAAUCUGUAAAACAAGCCUCGAGUAUAUGAGGCUUCUGCCAAAACAGUUUGCUUACACAGAAAUAAGCUCAGGAGACGUAUACUGACUAAGUAUUUGAUCGACUCGGAACUCCUCUCAGCAGCAAACAUUUAUGUAGUUGGCCUAGAAUUCAGCUGGUACACUGCGCCCUCACCACUGACUGACUGAGAUGGACGAGUUUUUCUCUGUGCUGGCUCGAAAGCGAAGUAAUUCGGCUCGACUCCGACUGCUGAGGACGCAGAGUUGGGCAAAUCAAGACCUGAGUGGGUAUGAUGAAAACUGACCUUCACCGCAUGUCUGAUCCCGUCGUCUCCGGUCUGUGGAGCUGGAGUGUUAUAUGACCCAACAUUACUGGGGGGAUUCCACGUCAGACGGACUGCAGUGGAGAGGACUCGCCGUAGUAUGAUGAACGUGCAGAACGCGGGGGAUGGUGGCCGGGGGACUCUUGCAGUCACAUUGAAUUCCGAUAUGAGUGCGAUCAGCAGGAAAAGGAACACAACUGACUCAGGCGGAAAAGUCGACUCCGCUAUCGGCCCUGACAUGACGAAGUCGCGUUACCGAAUGCGGAUAUCAGAUCUCCUGUCUGCAUGAGCUCAAACGCUCUAGAUCUGAGCACCUUCCGUCACACUUGCCUUUCACUCCCAACAAUGUAAUUUAAUUCCUGUCUUUUAGGAAAUCUUCGGAAAGCAAGCCCAUAGUAAGUGCCGUGCAAAAUGACUGCUUUUGUUUAUUCCCAUUUUUGCUUCCUUUGUCUAAUGCAUUUAAAUCUCGAUCAUUCCCAGUGCCGACACAAAGUCGCCGUCUGACAGUAAUUUCUGUCCUAGCGACGACAGUUUCGCUUCCUCCUCUUAUUCGAGUGAAUCCUCGUAUUCGGAAUCUUCUUCGACGUCUUCCUUCUCUGCGGAUGAUUCUAGUGAUGACUGGGCGAAGCGGAAACCACACUCUCGUCGCCCAACGCAACUUAACAAGAAACCUCCAGUAGGCUUUGCGCCCUGAUUGUCAAGCCUAAUUAUGUUCCUGCAUGGAAAUCAUACUCUUUAAUAAUUAGCGGUCUUUAUUUUUAAAACUACAGUUUUCAACUCCUAACGAGGUAACAGUGCCUAAACGGGCCGCCGGGGAUACCGUUGACGAGAAAUCGAUCGCCAUCAAGUAAGGUUUUGAUCCGCACUAUUGUUUUCUUCUGUUUUCCAUAUUCUCAUGCAAAUGCCGCUUGCGCUCACGUAUGAGUCAGUAGUGUAUUAUAUCGGCCCAAGAGUAAUUUCUUAAUCCCGCCUCGUCCAUAAAGGCGCCAUAGCCUGCCACAUUUCCACUUUUUAUCGUAAUCCACAUUUCCUAUUUUCCCAUAACCACCCAAAGAAAAUCAACCAGUCUCUAAUUGACCGAUACAAAGUUAGUCCCAUAAAAACCUUAGACAAUUGCGGCCCGUUCUCCAAGUGUUCUUGCGGUGGUGAGACUUGAAAUUUGGCUUAAUGCAUCCCUUGUAUAUUGUUCGCCUCUGUUCCGUGAAGACUUUCGCAGUUUCUUCUCACUCACUUGACUAGAACAACCAUAAAUCUGGAGCUCAGUUUAAAAAUUCGGGGAUCCAACGUGGUCAGUCACUUGUGGCCUGAUCUUUUACAUAUUUUCAAAAAUUGUGGCAGAAAUGGCAUCAGAAAUCGGGAGACAAUGCAGGAAAUGGCGUCUCGCGUUGCGUUUUUAUGAUUAACAGACGCUGGCAUAGAAAUGAGUAACUGACUUUGUGUGACUGAUUUCGAACAACCACCUUUUAUUCCGUCCUUUUCAUGUGGUUUCGGCCAACGGUUGGAUUUAUCAAAUCUAGGAUUUGGACCGGAAUCCUUUGAGGUUAUCCAAAAUACGACCUGGACUACUGGUUUGCGCCGUAUCGAUACUUCUUAGGGAAAUUUUGACAAGCAUUGACGCUCACCGAUUGGCUUGCUUGCACGUCAACAAGCACUGCGAUUAAUGAGGAAUGUGGAAAGAUCGAAGAAUUCCUACAGAUAGUUAUGGACACCAUUAUACCCCAAAAAGUUGUGGAUAAAGCUACAAUCAACUUGCACGAAUGGCGUCGGUGAAAGAAGGCGUAUGAGCAAUUUUGUUGGGCGUCUGCUCAUAUGCUCUGCUGCCGAACUUUCAGCUGCUUUGCGGUCUCAGAUGAACAAAAUGCGCAUCAUCUUCAAUCAAGGCAAGUGAAUCAAGCCAAUCGGAGAUCGGUAAUGGUAGUAUGUCGGUCCAAAUCGACGAAGAUCAUCGUUCCGGUCGCCCUUAGUCUCCUGAGUAUCAAAGACAGCCUACUCAUGACCCGCGGUUACUGACAAAAGCUUGCGCGCUAUCGACCUUAUCGUCUCCCUUCAUAUUCCUUAUGUUCUCGUGGGUUGCAAUACACAACAGCGACCGCUCUUCGGGUCCAGUCACUAGUAGGCAUGCCUGUUAUGUACUUUGAUUUAGUCUCUUCAGCCUGAUUGCGGCCGUUGGCGGUCUUGUCUACACUAUCUAAGUCGUCUUAUCAGCCUAAGCCUGUCCAUUGGGGGUAAUAGCCGGUUUCCUCAAUGCCAUAAUAUCGAAUUGCAGCCGUUUGCUGUUGCUUCUUUUGGAAUGUGCAGUAAAAAUGUGUGGCCUGCCAUCGCCUAAAACUGGCACUCGAACUGAUUUACACAGCCAAGCUUAACUGUAAUCUGUUUGCCAACAGACCCCAUGUUUCCAUUUUUAUUUCAGGCUCCAGAAAUCACUCUUUUCGGAAUGUCUACCGUGUCGGGAGCGCGAAUUCGACGCCGUUUUCGAGUUCCUCAUUGAGAGGCUUCAAACGCGCACAGGGGGGUAAGUUCCUCGCCUGAGUCAGACGUAAGAAGGGUCACCUAGGGCCGGCUUCGCUUUAUUUUCCCAGAAGUCUGAGUCUGGCCAACUGGAGAUAAGAAUGGCCAAUCUGACCUGAAGCCUCUAUUUAGCACUUGCCGCACGGCUGUUUGUUCCCUUUCGGACCUAGUGCAACAGCACAGGAAGUUUUUACGGAACAAUUUUAGACCAUUAUUUCUCUAGAGACAACGACUAUUUUUUCCUAGUUGGUUUAUCAGGAACGGAUUUAAGUUUUCUUUAAACGAAAAAACCACAACAGAACUCCCUCCCUCCAUCCGCUCCUCUCCUUCUCUCCCUCCCGUCACUCCCCCGUCCCCGUCUUAUUUUUCUUUUCACUUGCCUCACCGAAGUAUCUUUUUUAGUUCAUCUUCGGAAUUGCGGUGACUAAAAGUCCUGAAAAUUCGAAUGACUACCCAGGUUUCGAGGUGCUGGAAGCCUUCCACUAACUAAGUCUCCAAUGGGGAUUAGGACACAAUCUUUCCAGCCUGUUGUACAACUCCUCACCUGACCCGCCUCAUUUUUGGCCACCGGUUUUGUCUUUUCAUCUUAUCUCAACUGGACGUGAUUGAUGCUUUUCAAGCCUCUGUGACAUGCCAUCACGCCAGUUUAUAAUUGUGCGACUUGACAUGUCCGAGGUCCACGUAAGCUAGUCUAGCACUUCCUUAUCUCUCGGGAGGACUGCUUUCCACCAAUCCAACGUCUGUGGGUUCAGGCUGAUAAGCCUGGCUGAUUGGGAUAUGUUACUCGAGCCCUGUCCCAACAGCUGCAAGGAGAACUGGGGUAGUUUUUUUCGACCUGUAUGCUGCUACAAGUUUACCGUCUAUUGAGUGACGCUUGAGAGAGUUAAAUUCUGAUUGGCCGCAAUCAGUUCGAAGAGUGAUCUUCAUUUUUGUAGUUCGUAUUUUCCUGACCGCCUCUGCCGUUCUCACCAUCUCCCUUGACUUAUGUGUAUAGUGCAUUUUGGAAAUUUCCCUCUGUUUCUCCCUCACCGCUCGUCCGUUAUCGUUCUUCUCUCACAUCGUGUUCAGUUUCUCUGGAGAUAAUACACCCUAGAAUCCAACUUUUUGCGGCUCUUAUUCGUCGCCUUCGUAAUUUUGGUUGCCGUCAAAGACAAUGUUGAAAAUUCCUGGUUCCUGUUCACCUCACGAUGCUCGUUGGACCCUAUUGAAGUCUUUACGACACUUAUGAUUCCUGCCUGGGAGGAACUUCUUCCUUCUUUUCUUCCCUAUCGUCAGCUUCAUCUGUUGGUUGCUUGACGGACUUGAAGCUCGUUCAAGUUUCUUACCCAUUGGAACUGCAAUUCUGAGCCUCAGAAGCAACUUAUCAUCGGAAGGGGGAGAUAUACACUAUCCAGAACGGAUACUCAUUAAGAUGUGCUUCAAAAGUGAAUGUAAUGGAUCGGGAAUUUACAUAUAACUCCAACUCGCCUUCUGCUAGAGCGAAGUAUAAGGACCCUCCAAAAACCAUAGGUGCCUCAACUGCAAUUGCAUGAAAAGUUAUAGUGCAGCAAUUCGAACCGCCCAAUGAAAAGUAGCCAUAAUGUAAGCGCGGAUCACAAGACGGUAUUCUUAUACUUCACUCCCACGGGAGUAGACAAGUGGUUUUGACAUACCAUUCCAAAGUAUCGUCUAAAAUAAGCCCAAUAUCGACUCGAAUGUUCACAUCCCUGGUGCAUGUAGAAGUAGGGAAGAAGAGGAAGAAGAUUCUAGGCGCAAGACUACACAUUUGGAUUAAACGCUAGAAGCCACAUGUCAGACUAUGCAGCCCACCCAUCAACAUCUUCCUGUAGUUUCUGCGAGUCGUCAACACAGAUUAUUGUUUUCCAGAUCUUUAUAUCAUCUGCAAACAUGAUGGCAUCGCAUUCAAGAUCUUCAGUACAGUCGUUUAUACACAUGAGGAAGAAGAGAGGACCCAAGACUGAAUCCUGCAGAACGCUUCCUUUUACUGACACCCAUUGAGAUGACGUAGUACCAACAAUUACUCUUUGGAGCCUGCGUGACAAGAAACUUUUAAUCCACGUAAAAAUGUUGCCCUGUAUUCCACACUCCCAAAUCUUCUGUGGAAGUCGUCCACGAGGAACGCUAUCAAACGCCUUUUUAAAGUCAAGGAAAAUGACAUCCACUGGACGACCCUGGUCUAUGCCUUUUGUCCAUUUUUCGUGCGAGUAAAGACUGCUCGUAAGACAUGAAUGACCACGACGAAAUCCAUGUUGAGCAGCACACAGUGGGUCCCUCUGCUCCAGAUACGUCAUUAAAUAUCCCGUAAUAAGUCGUUCCAUGACCUUGCACAAAAUGCAGGUUAAACUGACAGGACGGUAAUUUUCGGGCUCCAACCUGGAUCCUCCUUUGUAGAUUAGAGAAAUACGGAACGUUUUCGAUUCCCCCGGCAGUUCGCCUUCUCCCACGGACUUCUAAAAUACAGUACGUCAGCCAAUUCUCGAAGGACAAGUUGAUGAAUUCUAUCUGGACCAGGUGAUUUGGCAGGCUUCAGCCGGCGUAGUUCAGUCCUUAUCAACGUGGGCGAGAAGUAAAGAUUGUCUUCUAAUGCAGGAGAUGAAGGAUUUUGUUGUUCGUCUGGGUAAGGCAUAGGAGGAGGAUUUGUGUCAUGAGUGAAUACCGACUGAAAUAAACUGGAGAAGACUGAUGCUUUCAUUUUGUGAUCUGUCUCAAUUACACCAUUUUUGGGACCUCAGCGCCGAAAUCGGGCUGCGAUUUCUCUUGCCAUAAAGUAUGUAACCAUAGAGGAUUUAGGAAUGCUCCAGAGAGUUUUGCAAUAUGCAUACCUCAUAGUUCCUUUGAAGUCUACUGGCCUUGCGUUUACACACAUUCCGCUGUCACUUCCAUUCCUUCAAGUUUUCAGGACUGUCUGUUUGUCGAUAACGUCUCCAUACCUUAUUUCUACUCUUAAACGCCAUUUGUAGUUUGCGGUUUAUCCACGGCGGACGGUUGUUUGUUUUCUUUCGUCUGAGUGGACAGUUUAGAUUAAUUAUUUUAACCAGUGAGCUGAAGCUGCUCCAGUAGUCGUUAACUGUUCCCUGCAAUGUGGUUGUGCACGGCAUUGUCGAGAUUUCCGUUCGCAUGUUGAAAAAAUCCCCCUUCCAGUUAUUCGUUUGCAAUUGUUCAGGUGAAUCAGGUUGGGAGAACACGGAGUACUCGAAGAGCAUCACAAUGUGAUCACUAGCACCGAUUGGCGGGAGAUCUUGUGCAUCCAGCACACUCUCUUCAUCUCAAGUGAGCACUAGGUCGAGGCAGGUUGAACUUUGCCCUUCGCUAACACGUAUUUCGAGGGCUACAUUCUGGAAAAGUAGUUUUUAUGCUUCCAAUUCAAGCAAAUGUUGUCCGAAUGUGUUCGAUGAAACCGAAACCGUCCAAGCUUGCUAGUCGAUAUUUGGGGCGUUAAAGUCCCGUAUUGGUUAAUAGGUUCUUGGUAGCUUUGGGCUGAUUUGUAGUUCGGACACCUAGUCCUGCGGCAAUGCGCUCGCUCGCCUCUGACUUGUUCUUGAUGUAUGGCAGAGAAUAUCAUAACAUAGGUGCUGUUUCUGGGUGGGUCCUCCGGGGGGCGAACAUGUAGGCAUCGACUUACGAGCGCCUUCGGAUAGCCGUUGCGCAUAAAUUGGCCGCGCAGAUAUCAGACCUCACGUGCUUCUUCUCCCGGCUUGAUGCAAUGUAUCUGAAUCCGUUUGAAGAGUUUCCACACAGCUUAUAUUGUGAGCCACCGGGUGGUUGCUGUGACGAUUGAGAAGCUAGGCAGUGUUCGUCACCUUCAUGCAGACCGUUGCUUCUAUUUCACCAUCUUCAACUGACGAGCACAUCGAGGAAGAGCAACUGCUGUUCCUUUUCUUCCUCCCCUGUGAAUUGUAUAUAUGGGAAGAUUGAGUUUUGUAGAUUAUGAAAGUUGUGCAGCAUGUUUUUCCUGGGGAUGCAAGCGGUUUUUUCGGGUAAUGCCGCCAAUUUCAUUUUUCGGCAUCCCGAAUCCAAAAGUUCCCCAUGUUAAGGCUGCGAAGCUGUCCUUUCUUUCACAGGUUUGACUGCAAAGCACACACGUACGAAUAGCAUAGCAAAGCAUACACCUCAAAUGACGGAAUAUUACAAAACGUAAAACUCAAUUAACUCAUAAGACGUCGUGGACUGCCAACGGAAGGGUUUUCUGUCGAUAACUGAACCUGUAGCAAUGGAGCUGUUUUUGCGAGCAAGGUACAUAAGAAAACCAAGUCGGUCAUGAAAACGAAAGGAAUAAGUCUAACUUAGGUUUUCCCUGAGGUGUGUUUGUACGCUUUUAGGUCUAUAAUUAGAAUCCCAAAUAAUACGCGUCUUUUCGUCUGUUGAGAUUCCAACAUCGAUAAAGCGGAAGGAUAGGUAAAUACGAGGCGAGAGGAAGAUGUGAUUUCCCAAAUUUGCAGUGGCAUGCCAAUAAAGAGUCCACGAGGAAGACAAUCUCGCGCCCACCUAUGAUUUAUGCACUGUGGGCUGCGACGCGCCUUAAUUGCAGUUGCACAAAGGUGCUUGGUAUUGCAAUUCGACCUACCUAUUAACAAUAAGUAGUAGUGUAAGCGAAAAUUACAAAGCGAGCUCUUUACUCAUGCUUUGUGUGAAGGGAGGCUGUGGUUGGUCCACCGUGGUAGUCCACCGAGCUGGCGGACAAUCCGCCUAAGUUUGGUUGACGUUGCCAUCGGUACGCCCAACUGAAUUCGACUUAGGGCCGACAAGCCGGCUCAGUCCAUUUCCAAGCAAGUUUAGAUUUGGCUAACACCUCGCACUAGACAUGUUUACUGCGCACAUGUGCCGUGCGCCCGAGUUACUUGACCGGUCAAUUGCCCAAUUAACUUGGAUUCGCAUUGACAACAAAGGGCUCAGCAUACGUCAACCAACACCACAACCACACAGAACAUCGUGAACACAGUUGCGUCUCCUUAAUUCAAACACAGUAAAUUUUUUCUCGUUAUCUUUCUAAGGUUCUGGUGUUCUGCGGAUUACUGUUGCAUUAUCCGCUGUUAUCGUUUACAACCAUGGCGUAGGCCGCAGCAAUACGCAAUCGUUUUUAACCUUUGUGGUCUUUGACCGAAGCCAACUCAUUUGCCUCUUGUUUUGUUCCUUUACUCUCUCAACCAAGGUCCACACGCUGAUAGGCUGUUCCGGUAUUUACACACGCGUGUAUCUUAACAUUAAGCCUCCCCAUUUUCAGUUUCCGUCCCGUAGAAAGGGUCUGAAAAUGAUCAUGGCUCUCUAGGGGGUGAAGGCCAAUGUAGAACUGGAAUAAACAUAAAGUUGAUUAAUUCAUUCGCUCAUACUGUUUCCGGAAUCCCCUCCCACAGCAGCCCAUUACCUCAUCCAAUGCCCAGUAUAGGGCCCUUAUAAUCGCCAGCUAAUCCUCGUCUGGCUUACGAGCCGGCCAAGCUCGACCUUCAAAACAAAGCAUUCAUUAGAACUUUCCUUUAAACUGACGCACUUUUUGUUCAUACCGCCUUAACUUUUUCGGCCAGAUGCACAUUUCCUUAGACAGUAGCCACCUUCCCACGUCAUUUGAAAGUUCCACGCCACCACCGAUCACAUCCUCUUCUGUCACGGCGCCUGAAUCUCGCACCAUCGCGUGCCUCGAAGCACUCCCGUCGGCAGUUUGAAUGACAUCUUUCCCACAGCGGCAGUUCGACCAACGUAUCCGACGAUGUCCACCGUAUGCUCCGCAGCAAAGUGAAGCAGGCACGGUGACUUACGCAUGAAUUAGUCUCUAGUAAGAGUAGACUUUCGCAGCACCUACCGCACCCUCUCCACCUCCCCCACCUGGACCCGGUGUCAAGAAAUAGUCAAGAAGAUCGGAGGCAGGAGAGGACGCAGGGGGCUGGCACGGCCGGACCCGCACCUAAGCGUACCGCCGCACCCCCUGGUCCACAAGAAACACUCGACCAGUAUUGUGCCUAAAAAGCAGCACAACCGCGGGUCAAAAUGAUAACCUGCAUACCCAGCGGGAGCGCAAGCGCAUCUAUCGGCAGGGAAGUCGUUCGUCUGCGAAUAACUACAGGCCAGUGAGUCUUACCUCCAUCUGUUGCAAACUCAUGGAAAAAAUCACUAAGAAGGCCUUGAUGCAGUUCUUCGAGCACCACCACCUCCUUUCCGAUGUCCAACACGGCUUUCGAAGCAGUAGGUCCUGUCUUACGAAUCUGCCCUUUACGCUCGAACGUUGGACCAGAGCACACGAUGCAGGCAAUGUGGUGGACGCCAUCUACAUCGACUUCAAAAAGGCCUUCUAUAGCGUUCCUCACCAACGUCUCUUUCAUAAACUGCGCAACGCUGGAAUUCGUGGACGCCUUCUUGUAUGGAUCCAGAGCUUUUUGACUGGACGGUCCCAAAGAGUGUUGGUCGGGCGUCAACAGACCUCAGAGGUAAGCGUGGUCAGUGACGUCCCACAGGACUCAGUCUUAGGCCCCACGUUAUUCCUCGUUUUCACAAAUGACUGCGUCAAGGACCUAGACUGUGAUGCCAUCCUGUUUCCGACGACAUAAAAUUGUGGAAAGUUAGUCACAAUGUGGCAGACGCAAACCACCUGCAAGCAAAAUUGAACAGGCUCGAAGACUGGUCGAAGCGCUGGCUUAUGCCCUUCAAUGUAAGCAAGUGCAACUUCCUUCGACUCAGCAGCUUCAGAGCCUCUAGCCCCAGGACCUACUUUCUACGCGGUACACAACUGCAACGGGUGAACAUUCAGAAGGACUUGGGUGUAUGGAUUACAUUUUCACUCAAACCAACACUGCACUGCGCGAAGGCGACUAAAUCGGCUAUGGCUACACUGCAACUCAUUAAGCGAGCAUUUAUGGGGCUUGACCCUGACCGCUUUUCCAAAAUAUUUGACACCUUCGGGCGGCCUCAUCUAGAAUACUUCAUGCAGGCGUGGAGACCUUGGACUGCCAAAGACUAUACUGUCUUUGAGAAGGUCCAGAGACGGACGACCAAAAUGACACAAGGUCUGGAAGCACCCCCCUAUACAAGCCAGACUGUCAACUCUCAACCUGUUUCCCCUUUCUUACAGGAAAUUAUGUGGUGACCUUAUACUAAAAUUUCGCACCAUCAACGGCCUAGACUGUUGCUUAGAUCCCACUGAUUAUUUCACUCGAGCUAACACGCCCACUUUGCGCGGUCAUCCCCUAAAACUACGCGCAGGGAAAGCAAGGAUCAGUGGACGAAAGCUCUUUUUUUCAGUAACAGAGUGGUGGCAGCGUGGAAUACCCCGCCUACCGAUGUUGUGAUCUCCUCCUGUGUGAAUUCCUUUAAGUGUAGACUUGAUGCAUAUCAAGCUUCCCAAUUACCAGCCUCACAUCCACUCGCAUAACCCGGCACCAACUUAUAAGUGUGUAUACUACGUGUAAUUAGUAAGUAACCGUUAACGAUUACUCUUUUUCGACUAGCUGUCCGCGAUCAUGGACAAAAUCUCCUUUUCACCUUCCCACUUAUCAAUAUUUUCCUCCGACGACUUGUAACCAAUAGAGAGUUUAAAGGCGCUCGUCUGUAUUUUCCUUAAUAAACUGAAACUGGAGCAAGGUGCCAGAGAACUGUCAGCGCGCACCAGGCUGCGACAGCCAUUGUUUGCCGAUCCUGGCAUAGGAGGCGCUUACAUUCCUUGAGGCCUCUUCCACAGUAACAAUGACGUCAUUGACUGUGUUCUCAUGCAUAUCGUGGCUUGCCCUCAUUUGAGAAAAUCUGGUGCAGCCUUAUCACCAACAGCUAAAAGCCGUGUUGCGUGUUUGGUUGCACUGCUUAGAUCACUCUACCACUGCUGAUGUAGCUGUGCUAAUCAUGGUUGCAGUCGGUCGGCGCAAGACUUCUCUCUUAGCCCAGAAGACCGCAGUGCCAGAUCUGCGCCCGUGGUCAGAUUUCACCCCGUUGGCACUUUAAUUUUGUCACUUCGACACCAUCAUCGGCUAGGGCCGGGCUGUUUGACAUCUCAGGGCAUCCCACCUUCGGGUGGUCGAGUCCUCUGAGUCGACGAUCAAAAACGCCGCAGUCUUCCUAGCCGACUGAAUUCAGGGAAUGUAGCCCAAAGGCCGCUAAUUGAGUACUUCCAGCCGAUGGAUGCCCUGUGAGUCCACGAGCCGUCUUACACAUUCGCACAGGGGGUUUCGCCUUAACGAAGACCUCUUGCAGUUGGGGCUUGAUCCGCAUACUAGUCUCGCUCCGAUUUCGAAGAGUUCGAGUGAGGACAUCCAAGUACCACAGACUGUCCUUCCUUUUUGUGAGAUUGGUACUUUUAGUCUCUAUCUUCGUCAAACGUCCGAGUUUUCAGGUCGAGGAGUACUAAUUUCUCAGCGUCAAGUAACCUAACUUUACACUCAUAGAUGUGCAACAAAUGCGUAAUUUUUUGGUUUAAGCCCUUUUCCGGGUGAGACGGGGAGAGUGGUUUUAUUUUUUAUCAAUUUUUUGGUUAGCCUUACGUCUUUGAGUCCUUGCUGCACUCACACGGAUUCUCAACGCGUGUACUUAGGUGCCUGUACAUUUCGGGUGUUCCCGGGACGGGCAAAACGGCUACCGUCACAGCUGUCCUAAACGCGAUGACAUCAACCUCGAAAGAAUCGUCGGACAACGCCAUCCCCCCUUUCACCGUGGUCUCUAUUAAUGGAAUGCAGGUCUCGGAACCUAGGCAGGCGUAUGUUCAAAUCUACGAAGUGAGUCUCUUGACCUUUAUCAUUCUUGGACUGCCUGAAGGCGCAGUGGUGGUCGAUUGUGAAGCCACGAACUUCUUAAGCGAAGACCGGGGAGACUGGUGGGGCGCCUCACCGGAUUUUAAAUAGCAAAUGUGUGCUGUAAACUUACAGAACUACCGUUUUAUCAGAGAUAUAAUUCUCUCCGUCACUGCCGUGGUGGUCUAAUGCAUCGGGCAUAGUUCUGUGGAAGACACACCUUACUCUGUGCCACGUCUUUUGACUCGCUUCUGUGCCGUUGCGACGAAGCGAUUGAAGAAGACAGCCAGAAGUCCGUGACAAUGACAGGCUCCUUCAGAUGGUCAGCAUAUUGCUUCUUCGCACGUUGUCUCUUUUGGAAAACGCACAGUCUAGGCCGUAGUCGCGCCACCCAAAGAAUUUUAUUCAUAGCCAUUCCCUGUGUGGGUGUUGGCCUGUACAUAAAUCUAUCGCUACGCUAACUCAGCAUGUUUGAACAGGCACAAUGCGUGUGCUUUUGGGGGUGGUCAUCGUCUGAGUGCUGGACCAUCAGCUGCCUCCCCGGGUGCCGGGACCACUUAUUUUAGGCGAAGUCGGCACACAUUUUUAUUAUUAGUGAAAGACGACCCGGAAGUCAUUGGGAUGGAGGGACUUUAAAAAAGUCCGGUUCCCUGGCCCUAAACUCAGUCUUUGGUAAAAGCGACGAAAUCCGCCUUCUUUUACAACCAGUCCAUGAUCAGGUUGCAUUUUUGGGACAACUAGGUUGCCUAAUCUUCACCUCUGCAUCCUUUCCGCACUGUCGCCACGCGCACUCCACUGCAUAUUCAGCAAGCGUGCCUACCAUUUGGCUAGCCUUCGGAAACUUGUGUUCCAUCAUCAAUUGAUGCUAACAGGCCUGCCUUAGUCGGCAAAUGUCUUUUUCGGUAGGUUAAGGCUGCUGUCAGUCCCAAGGACAUCAGAUUUAUCUUAGGGCCCUUUUUGAUGGAAAAGGACACCUGUCGCAUAACUGUUUUUCUUAGAAAUGCAGCCUAACGACGCCGUUGCUCAACAGCAAGUGGCGGAUUUUCUCAAAUUCCAAGCUUGAUUGCAUUCUGGAAAAGUUCGCAUGCUGUAACUUGCCUGUUGCGUAAGGUACAUUGCGUUCUGGAAUUAUCCGUCCGUGUUGGGUUGGAAUUAUGCCUAUGUGCCGGCAUUUCAGAACCCCAUACAAUAGGGUGUCUCUGAAGAGACUUUGUUUUCUUACCUGAAUUAGACUUUGAGCACAAAUUAUCUGAGGCCCUCGAGACAUCGAGAAAGAGGAGCGAUCUGUGCACUGAUGAUUCGAAAAAUUUCUAUUUUGAGAUAUGCGUCAGAAAGUCAAGCCCCUAGAAAGGUUCGAUUCCGUCCUGAAUAAAGAAAAAUCGUCAAAACUGAUCGAAAAAAGAAACAUCGGGCUCCUUAAACGUUUCCGUUGACACUGCGCAUCCCGAUGGGAACGGCAAAAAGUAGGUGAGGUCAGUGGCGCACGAUAUGACGGUCGACCAGAAUUUUCUAGUCAUUCGAGUGCGUUAACUGCUAGCAGUCAAUAAUAAGAGCACUAUGCAAUCAAUUAAUAACCGAGCGAAAAAGUAUUUCACGUGUUAACUAGAAGGUCUGGAUAGUGGUUGAAUGCUAAUUAAGCACAGGAAGACCGCUAAACCAAGAGAAAGUCUUAGUGACUGUGCCGUGGUCUGUGAGGGCAACUGGUUGGAAUACCUGCAGUAAAAUCAUAGUAUCUACGAUCAACCUGGACGGGCGAGUGGAGACGGACAGGCACCCGACCUCACACACCAGGAACCAUCGUAUGCCAAUUAAUAGAAUUGGACUGGGGAGUUUUUUGCUACAUCCACCUCGCUUUUCACCAGUCGAUUGCCGGGACGAUUGGAAACCCUUCAGAAAGGCGCCUGCCCAUUAGGUGCCCGAAGCAUCCGCAGGUGGCGGGAAAGGAGAUGGCCCUAUGUGAAGGUCAUCCGCGAAGCGAGAAGACUGUAGAUUUGGAGGAGAAAGCAGUUGCAUAUAAUAAAAAGUUACUACCUCCAGGCCCGGCCGGAUACCGAUCUGUCAAGGGGUCAACGGCAUAGGCGACAUGACAAAUGUCAUCGGACGUCCUCGCUGCAGCUGUGGAGGAGAACUACGUGUGAGGUAGGAGCCGACAUCUGCAGACAUAGCUGCUCUGAAUUAGGCAAUAUGCAGUGUGUGUUUGUUUUCCGUCACUCCUGUCUCUUAAUAUGUCGAAGACGAUCAGACUGGAGUUAAUAGCCAUAGGUAUUGGGUCCUCCACCAGAACUUCUUUGUCUUAGGAAAUUCUCUGCGAGUGACUUGCAGCUCGAUUUUUUAUUACAAUUGGCAUGUCUAAAGUAGCACUUCCAGCAAAGACGUUGGAGACUGGAGUAGCCAUUCCUGGUUUUAUUGGUCGGUUGGACUCGAGGGGGAGUGAGCUCCGUAAAAACGACUGGUGAGUGCCCUUUUAGCAUUGUACAUUGCCGAUCGCAACCGACAGGACUACGAGCCUGUGGCUCAGGGGUUACAGGCGUUGGACUCCUAACCAACAGGUCGCGGGAUACAACCCCAGGUGUUCCACACUUGGGCGUUGGGAAUGACUGGCUGACGAUGACUAAUAAGCCAGAAAUGGUCAUUCCAGUCCCCCUUGCCGUUGCCGGUAAUGCUAUUCUGCCUAUUCAUGUUGAUCAAACUGUGAAAAACUCGGCGCCUCGUUGGGAUUCGAACCCACGCAGUAAGGGGCCGGCUUUAGUACAGCCUACGCUCUACCCACUUGAGCUACGAAGCCCCGCCGGACGACGCGAGUUUAAUCACAUUUGGGUCAAUUUACCCGCCCAACCUACUGCAACGUCCGGAAUCCACCAAAUCUGAUACAGUAAGUUGAAUGCCCAGGCAGGAUUUCCUAAGUAAUCCACCCAGAAUCCACCAGAUGACUACCAGGCUUACGUACUUCAUAGAUGUUUUGGCAGAUUUUGAAUAAUUCACAUUCAUAUUGAAUAAUUCAUAUUGAUUAAAUUUGCGUCGUCCGACGGGGCCUCGUAGCUCAAGUGGUUAGAGCGUUGGCUGUACUACAGCCUUCCCCUUACUGCGUGGGUUCGAAUCCCGCCGAGGCGCCGAGUUUUUCACAGUUGGGCCAAUAUGAAUUAUUCAAAAUCUGCCAAAACAUCUAUGUAUUCUGCCUAUAUCAGGCGUCGGUGUGCGGCUGCUGUUUGGGCUCGAGAGAGAAAGCCCUAACGCACAACGGGACGAAUGUUUAGAGUUUUACAGAACUGUGAACUUCGUAGAGGCGUGCAAAUUCUGUUAUGCCAUUAGCCGCAUUUUUUCGAUUUACAUUUUCGGUCUCUAAUCUGGUGGGAAUUUUUCCAGCCACCUCAGUGCAUUUCAAAGUUCCGCACAGUUGCAUGAGUAUGGACAUUUAGUAUCAUAGUGCUACCGUAAGUCCGCUGAUGGCUUAAUUUCUGACUGCCUUGUCGUGAUGAAUUGCAUUUUCAGUCUUGUUCUUUUCCUGUGCAGGUCUUGACUGCCUCUGACCUUGUGCAUGACUGUUCCUUGGAAACCAUUGCCUCAUGCACUCAUGCCUGCCUUUUUCGUAGCAACUUACUGGCACUCGAGUCUCUGUGAACCGAGCUGUGACCCUCCUGGAGGCGGAGUUCUGUGCCCCGACCCGAGUAAAGCAAACCACCAAGCGACUGGGUGAGAUGCCCGCCUGUGUCCUUGUUAUCGACGAGUUGGACCUCCUAUGCUCUAAGCGACAGGAUGUCCUCUAUAGUCUCUUCGACUGGCCCUGUCGCCAGGUCGGUCGCCGUCUUCUCAUCGUUCUGGCCAUCGCGAACACCAUGGACCUACCGGAACGUCUUUUGCAUCAUCGUGUUGCUAGUCGUCUGGGCCUCAAUCGACUGCCUUUCGCACCAUACUCGCACGAACAGCUUGCGGAAAUAGUACGCUCGCGUCUUGGACCGGCCCUCAGCUCGAGCUUUGCGGUGAGUUGCGUGUUUGGCCCCCUCCAGCCAGUUUAUCUACCGUCUCUCUUCGCCCCUUCAUCUACAUACUUUCACUUUACAACUGCUGUACACAGUAAUAACCAGGGGGAGCUCAUCGCGUAGGUGGAUUACCAGUCACAGUGAAUGCCUAACUGCGCGAGGCGAUCAUGCCAUUGUUAGCUCAUGUCUUCGUUCUUUUAACGACGCACUCCUGAGCGCAUGAGCCCGGACACCGACAACCGUCUCGACCACCAAUGAAGCCAGCUGAAGAUAGCCGGUAUGCCUCUCAAACGCCCGGCAGCCCAGGUUGAUCAUCGGAGGUCUACCAGUCGUAUUGUGAUGUAGUGGCUUUUGCCAGGUCAGCAAUGACACCUGGUAAAUAUAGCAAUACGUCAGGACACAUUUCCGCAUAACCUUGGUUUAUGGGGGCUCAUACUGGCUGGUUGGAAGUGUAGACCUUGACCUAACCUUUCAGCGGGCGAUUUCGAGACAGUAAAUAUCAUGCUUUAUUUAUUUAGACAGUGGUAGCACCGUUUGUCAUGCAUUCUGUCGAGCUUAUCUUGCAAGCGACAUCAGCCUCAGCUCAUAGUUUAGAACUUGCGUUAAACGCGUCCUUUGGGAUGAUAUAUGGUAUCCGUCGUGCAAUACAGCCGUCAUUGGCGGUUACAUAGCGAAAGGCAGCGACUGAGAGGCGUCACUGACCAAGGCAAGGGAAACACCAGUAUCCUUGUUGGUGGGUACGCGCGAGAAUCCGUGUUGUUGCAGCAGGUAUUUGAAGUAGGGCAACUACAAGUAUGUUCGCUACUAACACAGCAUAUUCGAAGAGGUUGCCAAUUUGAGAUUAUGGGGACUUGCGAAUAGGUGGAGACCUCUUGAAGGGCGAAGGUGUCUCAUCGCCGGGCCGAUCGGAGCGCAUCGCGCCCAAGUACACUGCCAAUAGAAGCGAAGAGAUGAGUCUCAGGAAGCAGUCCUGAUGGAUGAGGCACGAUCGCUGGGACAAGAGUUUUAUUCGCCUGAUGUUUCGGAGUCCUGCCCGAACCCAUCAUUAGGGACAAGAGCAGAUACAGUGAUAAUGGGUUCGAGCAGGAACCCGAGACGUCAGGUGAAUAAAGCUCUUGUUCCAACGAUCGUGUUUCCUUCUUCACAAUUAUGGGGACCUUUAUCAUCCAUUUGAUAAUGCAGUUGUUCCGCUUAAAAAUGCCGCGCCUGCUUCGUGUUAUUUUGGGCAGCACAUAAGGUGACUAACCAAUUUCUGGGUAAGAAAUAUUCCUGAUGAACACAACGUCUAGCGCCUGGUGUCCCUAAUUAUUGUUGAUAAACCUUCCUCAUGACUGAUUACUUGCUGCUAAGCCGCAGCCUGGACGGACUCAGAGCUCCUUCGAAAAACGGAAAUGCUCAUUUCAAUUCCGCAAUUGAUGGACCUCACUGGCAGGCGGCUGGUACGCUAGCUCAAGUGAGUAGAGCCUUAGACUGCUUACUUUUUCGUUCUUACGGCGAACUUUAUUAAUGGCAUCCACGCUGUCUUGGAGGCUGACUAAAAUGCCCCAUUAACACGUCAAGGUAACUCCAGUUAAUUUGGUAAGGAUAGUAGGCAAUAAAGAGAUUAAUGACCUAAUGUAGCAUAGCAUCUUGGGUUUUAGUAUGCGGACCGUUUGUGUCAUAAGUGUGCAAUCAGCACUCCACUAGGUCCGAGAGUUGGAUUUAAGGUCGAUGAAACGGUCAUCACGGGGGUGAAACUUUAGAAUGAGUUAUGUAACGUUUUUCCUACUUCCGUAAUACCGAUAUACCACGAAACGAUGAAAACACCUUAUGCCCCAUCGUUCAGCUUCCUGUCCGAAUUUUCUAGCCAUUUUAUACCACUUUACACUUUUCGUUCUCAAAAUACUGUGAAUAAAUUCGUAUCUUUUGCACAAAAAUAGUGUUCUCCGGUUGUAAUUUCCGCCUUCAAAGUAGUUUUGUAUUCAUGUCCGCUGGUUCCCCUCCGCAUAUGCAUGCUGUCACUAAUGCGUUAUUUGUACUUGCAGAAAUACUACAGUAACUUCCAUGCCAGAGGCGAAUCUUGUGUAAAACAUUCAUACAGAUAUCUCUGCUGAGAAUUCUAAUCCGCAUAUUUAACUUGUUACGUAUAAGUUACGUACAACUCACUCGACCUUUGGCUAAGGCGUACGAACUGUCAACACUCCUACUUGCUUUUCUCGCGCUGCCGGAGGGAUAGUUAAGAUAGGUAAUUUUUUCCGAUUACUGAUUGCUUUCCCUAUGCGACCGCUCGUUGAGCUCCAACUGAGAGACAAUUUGCCCCUAUUCCGCCAUGCGGUCUACAUAGGCUAAUGAGCACCAUUCCAAUAUAACCUCAAGUAGCCCCAAUAACAGCUAAGCGGGUGGCGUACCCGUGGACGCCACACAGUUUUCUGCUCAAUGAUCAAAGACUUCGGCGUCGAGUCCCGCGACCGUCUGGCUCGGAGUUAGGGUAUCUUUGGUUGGCAUUCCUUUUUUGUCGGUAACACUUUCAUUCUGUGGAAAAUGUUUGCCUAGUGUUCGUCUCAUGAAUGUCAUCUGGCGUAUUCCAUCUACUGAACCGUACAAACGGCCACUACUAAUAAACCUCGUCCAAACUUCGCCCACUUUUAGCCUAAGGCAAUCGAACUAGCCGCUCGGAAGGUGGCAGCCGUGUCUGGGGACGCUCGGCGCGCACUUGACAUUUGUCGUCGAGCGGCCGAACUAGCGCAACUGGAAGUCAGUAAACGCGGUCUGGACGGCAACCAAACGGGCGAACUGGUAACAAUGACGCACAUCAAUGCUGCCCUCAAGGAGAUGUUUUCCUCCCUCAAGCUGACUGCUCUAAGAUCCCUCUCACGCUACGAGAAGCUCCUUCUGCGCGCCAUUGUAUCUGAGGCGAGUGCACGCUCCGCCGAAGAGGUGCGACUCGACAGAUGCAUCGAACAGGCCUAUGCUCUCUGCACCCUCGAAGGUUGGUUUUAGCGGUUUGAAUGAUCUGCGCAGGAUAUGCAGUUGCGUCCUAGCGUUCUCAAACGCAAUGCCAUCACUCGGUCUAUUUCGCUUUUUGAACUCCAGCCAGUCUAUGGCGGGGGCUUGAAAAUACGACGUUCUAACUCACGGGGUGUGAAUUGCGCCUACAUACUGGUGUCCACACUCGUUUUGAACACCUGUCUUCCAUGAUUUCCUGAGGAUUUCUACUUCUGUGUUCUAGGUUUGCCGCGGCCUACGGAUACGGAGAUUUUUGCAAUGUGCGCCUCCCUGGGUGCAUAUAAACUCAUAUUCACCGAACCAUCUCGGAGGGACACGUGCAUGCUGAUUCGACUUAACUGUUCGCAGGCAGACGUCCUAUUUGCACUGAAGAACGAGGAACAGUAA